AUGUCGCAAUACUUUUUCGACCUCCUCUAUACCUUCACAGACUGCAUGUGCUGCUUUCCAAACUCUCCGCAGCUCAAAAUAAACAGCAGAAGUUUCAAAUUACUCCGGCUACUAGGAGAGGGCGGCUUCUCCUACGUCUACCUCGUCCAAGAUAAAGCAACUGCAGAGCUAUUCGCCCUCAAAAAAAUCCGCUGCCCCUUCGGCCAAGAAUCAGUCUCCAGAGCCCUCAAAGAAGUAGAAGCAUACUCUCUCUUCUCUCCAAACAGAUACAUCAUCCACUCCAUCGACUACUGCGUUACCACAGAAUCCGGCUCCAAAUUCCGCGCCGAUGGUGGCGACGCAGGCUCCAAGACUGUCUACAUCCUCCUCCCUUACUACCAGCGCGGAAACCUGCAGGACGCCAUCAACGCGAACCUGGUCAACCACACCCGUUUCCCAGAGAAGAAGCUCAUGGAACUGAUGUUGGGUGUUGCGAAGGGACUCAAGUCCAUGCAUCAGUAUCGUAUCAGAGGCGGUCCGGGAGCUGUCAAGAAGGCGAAGAUGGUGCGGAAUGAAGCAGCUGCGGCAGAUGCCGAAGCUGCCCCAUCACGUGGAAGGUCUGUGAGGCAGGGUAGUCGUCGGGAGAGCGAUGAUACGGUGCACCAACCCUUGAUGGAUGGGGAGGUUACGGCUAGCCAGGAAGGAGUGGAGGAGGGUGGGAUCCGUCCUUAUGCGCAUAGGGAUAUAAAACCGGGAAACAUAAUGAUAGACGACGACGGCAUAACACCCGUCGUCAUGGAUCUAGGGUCCCUCGCCCCAAGCCCCAUCGCCAUAACCUCCCGCUCCCUUGCCCUAGCCGUCCAAGACAUUGCAGCUGAACAUUCCACAAUGCCCUACCGCGCCCCCGAACUGUUCGAUGUGAAAACCGGCUCCAUCAUCGAUACCAAGGUUGAUAUCUGGUCGCUGGGAUGCACGCUAUAUGCCUGCCUUGUGGGAAAGAGUCCAUUCGAAGCACGCAGUGAGGAGACGGGGGGCAGUUUGACUAUGUGUGUGCUUGGUGGGGAUUGGAGAUUUCCGGAUGAGAAGGGAUCGGGGCAGAAGGGGAAGGCGACUGCUGCAGCUGCUGUUGGUGAGGAUGCGGCUGGAGCAAGUAGUGCUGCUGCCGGUGGAAGUGGUUCUGGGGGGAUUAGCGAGGCCGUGAAGGAUGUGGUGAGGAGGUGUUUGCAGGUUGAGCCCGCAGAUCGACCGGACAUUGAUGAGUUGAUUGAACUUUUGAAGCAAACUAUUGAAAUGUUGCCGGAUGAUGAGUGA